AGAAGCCUUGAGUGUUGUAAUCUACACCUCGAUUAGCCUGAUAUGAAUCCUUAUUAUUUCAAAUAAUGAUUUUCAGUAUUAGUGUCAUUGUGUCAAUAUAGCCUACAAUUUCUCGUUCUGAACUUCAAACGUGGGUGGGAUUUAAGGACGGGUGUGGCAGCUCACCGCCAACAUCGCCUAAACAAUGAAACUGUGUUGCAGUUGUCGGUUAUCAUUGGUUAGCGCUGGAACUGAUUUUAGUCUAGGCCUAGGUCUGAUCACCAUGGCAGCAAACAUCAUAGUCCACCAACAGUUGGCAGCACCUGCUAUGAAGGGCUGGAACACUGGCCUUUUUGACUGCUGUCAAGACAUGAAUUCCUGUUGUUAUGGUUUCUGGUGCUGUCCUUGCUUAGCCUGCUCCACCACGGGAGAGUUUGGAGAGAGUACCUGUCUGCCAUUAGUGGACAUCAUUGGCCCUGCUUGCAUGGUUGCCUUUGGGGUGCCCAUCAUUGUGCCACCCGCAAGUCUGUCCAUGCGGGUUGCUGUACGCCACAAAUAUGGCAUUCAGCAAAGCCUUUGUGAGGAUAUCAUGGCGUCCUGCUUCUGUGUCUGGUGCUCAUGGUGUCAGAUGGCCAGGGAGAUCAAAGACCACAAGAAGAGCUGCACUUUCACAACCACCCAGCCUGUGGCCAUCCAAGUGCAGCCUCCAACCAUGACCAACUCAAACGUGUCCUACACAACCAAUCAACAGAGCUACACCAUGACCAGCCCACAGUCCCCCAACCAACAGGGCUACAUCAUGACCAACCCACAGGGCUACACCAUGACCAGCCCACAGUCCCCCAACCAACAGGGCUACAUCAUGACCAACCCACAGGGCUACACCAUGACCAGCCCACAGUCCCCCAACCCACAGGGCUACAUCAUGACCAACCAACAGGGCUACAUCAUGACCAGCCCACAGUCCCCAAACCAACAGGGCUACGUCAUGACCAGCCCACAGUCCUCCAGCAUGGUUGAGAAGCACCCUGAUAUGAUGGCAGGCCCCCCUGGCAUUGCCGGAGGGGCUCAAAUUAAGAUGGCAUCUGACCAACAUGCCAUGGCAGGCCCUUCUAAAAUGAUGGCUUCUGCUCCUAAUGCCUAUAACCCUGCUUUCAUGAUGCCCCCUGAUAUGUCUAACCAUAUGGUGAACACCACGGUCUCCACCCAACCAUCCAAGUGCUGAGCUCUGCUGCUUCAUCUAAUCAAUUUCUGAUAGCUGACAUUGCUGUAAUGUUCAGUCAGUGAAUUCAUUUGAUUUAUGAAAAUAUGUUUUUAUAUGGUUAAAGUUUAUAUUAAUAAAGUCAUUUAUAUUGUGUU